CGUAAACAUCUGGUGCCAGAUAACGGAAUGCAUUUGUUUGAUAACCUGGAAGGGAAUAAAUUCACUAUAAUUAUAACCCUAUUACUCGUAAAACGUUUAGUGUAUUUAUAUUAUUAACAUUUGGAGAAAAAUAAAUAUAAGAGAUGUUUUUCAGCAAAAAGAUGUCUGAACUGAGUGAUGAGGCCAGCAGUGAAUCGGAUCAGUUAGGAUCGAGUCUGUCUGUGUGGCUGGCGGGCGCAGGUAACGCUUUGAUCGGUCCAGAAGAGCUGAAUGUACCGCUGGAUCUUCACACCGCCUGCUCUAUAGGACAGUAUGAUGUUGUGGCCCAAUGUAUCCGCAGGGGUGAUGUAGAUUUGGAUGGAAAGAAUAUAGGAGGUUGGACUCCUCUGAUGUAUGCUGCUUAUAUCGGUCACGAUAACAUCGUUAACCUGCUGCUAGAGACGGGCGUCAACGUCAACGCCACAACAUCUAAAGGCCUGACCCCUCUGAUGCUCGCCGCCAGCUGUGGCAAUGAGAGCAUCGCUUAUUUCUUACUGCAGCAAGGAGCACAACUGGAAUACAAGGAUGUGCGUGGAUGGACGGCUCUUUUGCACAGUACAGCUAAUGGACAUAAGCAAAUGGUCAAAUUUUUAUUAGACAACAAUGCCAAUGCAAACGUCAAGGAGCCACUUUUUGGAUUUACACCUCUUAUGGAGGCGGCAGCAUCCAAACAUGAAAUCAUCGUUCAGUACCUGCUCAACCAUGGUGUGCGGACGGAGGAGAGAAACAAUAAAGGAGAGACGGCGAGAGCUCUGGCUAUGAUGUAUGGACACAGUAACAUCGCCGGUCUCAUUGACAUGCAUGUGAUGAGAGUCAAAUCAGCUUUGUACGAUGAAUUGAGUUCCUCCGAAGAGGAAAGUUCGACCCCGAGGGUCCGCUCUGCUCGCAGCAGAACCAGAGGCCCCAGUAUUCACGAUGGCCCUCAGGCUAUAGCGCGCUUCAGAGUCGGCUCCAAGCAGGAGGUGCCAGUGACGCCACCUGGAUACGUGACCUUCCCUGAUGUCAGCGAUCAGAGCGAGGGAAUCUGCAACCGUGAUGUCACUUCCCCUAUUAAUGAACUCGACGGACAGAGCAACAGCAGCAGAGAUGAGCUGUUUUUUGAUAAUGACAUGCCCACCGUGAGGAGCAGUAGCAGCAGUAGUGAGGGUCUGUCCAACCUUCUCGGGCUCAGCAGAGAGGCGUCGCUAGAAAGCAAUGAGGACUCCGAUCAAGCCAAAAGAAGUUGUGUCCGGCGAACAAACAAACUCCAGCACUCCAAAAACAAGAGCGUAUACAACGAGAGCGGCCCUGCAGCCAGGUACACUUCGGGUUACUGUGAAGGGCCAUCUUCCUCUAGACAACAUCCUUCAUACACUGGACCCAAGGAUCUCGCAGAGUUCCUGGAACAAGUUGGAUUUAGAAAAUAUCUCCCCCUGCUGGAGGAGCAAGACAUCGACCUGAGAAUCUUUCUGACUCUUACCGAGAACGACCUGAAGGAAGUGGGAAUUACGCUGUUUGGUCCGAAAAGAAAGAUGACAUCAGCAAUAGCCCGCUGGCACAGUAAUGCACGGCCGCCCAGUGAUGCUUUGGAACAAGCGUAUGCAGACCAGCUAGAGGCAGAAAUGCAAGAAAUGGCCAUACAACUUCACAAGCGUUGUGCAGAGGUGGAGUCUCUACAGGCUCAGGUGUCUCAGGAGAAAGAGUUGCGUGCUGUGAUGGAGGGAUGUCUGAUGGAGGAGAAGAUGGUGUGGAAGAGCGUUCAGACUGAACUGCAGGAGAACGUGAAGCACGUUCAGACGCUAAACACAAAACUACACGCUCUACGCAACAGUCAAACGCAGCUGGCGCAGGUCAUACAGGAAGACCCUCGAUCUGUGGCUAAAGGUGAUGGUGUUAAAUGUGCUCAGUUGAUGUCAAAGAUGGACUCAUAUAUGGGAGAACUCUGUAAGACUUGCUCUCUUCUGACGGUCUGAAGGAAAUCUUUCAACGUCUACAGGGUCUGAGUUCCCUAGAGAAAAGCUCACGUAGCUGGGAGUCAUAGCAUCUAACAGUGGGUCGGUCUCUCGCUCUCUCUCAAGAUGUAUCAUUUCUUCACCUUUCAUACUGAUGUGUCUUCUGUCUGCAGGAUUUUAGCUUUUAAACGACGGGGGGUGACAAAGCACCCUGAACACACAAACAUCUGCAGGCCAGAGAGAGAUAUAUAGGUGUCGGUCCGGUCUGAAGAGAGUAUGUAAAGAUGGAGAUAUAUGAACAAGUACCAAUAGUACAGACAAACGGCCGGUGACAGAAGACAAGAAACGACAAGCGGGCGAAGAGAAUUUCUUAUGCCUGUGCUCCAGAUGCAAGAUUAGAGAAUCAACCAAUCACAGACAGAGCUGUGUUGGAAAGGGCGGAGCCAGGCGCUGUCUGUCAGGAACAGGUGCACACAGAAAGACUGUCAAAAAUGUUUGUAUAAACACGAACACUGUUUAUUGCUGUACAACACGUUAAACCUCUGAAAAGUCUAUGCAUUUGGUGUAAAGUUUGCCUAUUUAAAGCCAAAUAUUAAUUCAGUUUUAUUCCUAAAUCUUAAGCUAUCUUUUAACUGGGAUGUUGGCAUAAUGUUGUGCUUUUAAAAUAUGAUGUUUGCUGUAAAUAUAUCAAUUCAUGAAACACACGUAGAAGGAUUUUCUGUGUUUACUGUUCAUAAAAUCAUUCUUAUGUAAACCGACACAUUUCAUUCAGCCCGAAAGUUUACAUAAGAAGUUGUUUUUAACAUUUUAACUAGAGAUGCAUCAAUUCAUCGGCCAAUAAUCGAUUUUAGCUG